AUGUCGUGGAGAAGCCCAUUGGCUCUAGUGAGGGAUGCUCUGAGAGGUCAGAGGGCGAGAGAGAGAGCCACCCGUACCUUGGCCUCCAAUCUGCCCUACGAGGGCCUGGAUAAGAGGCUCCAACCUAACCACUAUUUUCCUGGCGAUGCCGUCAAAACCACCCUAUACACUCUCCCCCUCUUCUUACCCAUGAACCUCUUUGAGCAAUUUCACCGUCUCGCAAACAUCUACUUUUUAGGCCUCGCUGUUCUGAACUUUGUCCCUGCGGUGAAUGCAUUUCAGCCUGAGGUAGCUCUUAUUCCCAUCUGUGUGAUCCUUGCUCUGACUGCACUGAAGGGUGGCUGGGAGGACUUCAAGAGGUACCAGUCAGACAGGAAGCUCAAUAACACGCCAUGCCUCAUCUACCGCAGGAAAGAGAAGGAGUUUGUCAACAGGCAUUGGGAGGAUGUGAGGGUGGACAACUUUGUGAAGGUGGUUUACAAUGAGAUCAUUCCCGCAGACCUCCUGCUCCUGCACACAUCUGACCCUAACGGAGUCUGCCACCUAGAGACAGCCAACCUGGAUGGAGAGACUAACCUCAAACAGAGAUGGGCUGUGCCAGGUCUCUCUGACUUUGAGCUCGUGAGCUUCAACUGUGCAGUUGUGUGUGAAAGGCCCAACGACAACUUGAAUCAUUUCAAGUGUUACGUAGAGAAACCUAAUAAGGAGAAGACGGGUAUCGGAAUUGAGAGUUUGCUGCUCAGAGGCUGCACAGUGAAAAACACAGACCAUGCUGUUGGCUUUGUGGUGUAUGCAGGCCACGAAACCAAGUCCAUGCUCAACAACAAUGGGCCAAGAUACAAGCACAGCAAACUAGAGCGGAAGCUGAACAUAGACAUCAUCUUCUGCGUCAUUCUCCUCUUCACGAUGUGUUUCGUUGGAGCGCUUGGUCACUUCAUCUGGCACACCUCUUACCUGGUCCCUGACAGUGACAGCCACCUCAACACUCCUUCACUGUCUGGCUUCUACAUGUUCUUCACUAUGAUCAUCCUGCUGCAGGUCCUGAUACCCAUCUCUCUCUAUGUGUCGAUUGAGCUGGUUAAGAUUGGCCAGAUCUUCUUCAUCACCAACGACACUGAUCUGUGGGGUGAGGACUCCAACAGCCGCAUCCAGUGCCGAGCCCUGAAUAUUACAGAGGACUUGGGCCAGAUCGAGUACAUCUUUUCAUACAAGACUGGUACACUCACUGAGAACAAAAUGGUGUUCCGUCGAUGCACCAUCAGUGGCACCGAAUAUUCACAUAGCGAGAACGCCAUUCGCUUGGCUGUCCUCAAUGAGCCUGAUUCAGAUGACGAGGUCAUCUUUGACCAGCGGCCACAGGCCCCGCAGACAGGAUGGACGCUGGAUACCGAGGACACUGCCCCUGAAGCCACCCAACAUUUCCAUCACGGCCGAGGCAGAUGCAAGGUCGCAGGAAUUGCCCAAGGAGAUCUAGCCUUCAGCAGUUCACUGGAAACUGAGGUGGUUCCAGAUGGGAAGCUGCUCCAGCGGGUUGCAGGAAUAGGGAUGAGCAGCAACAGCAGCAGCAGCCAGAACACAGAUCCCUACCUGGACUUUUUUCUGGCUCUCGCCAUCUGCAAUACUGUAGUGGUUUCCACGGCAACUGCUCAGAGACAGAGGGUGAGCAGACACCCCAGAUCCUCCGAGUCAAAUUAUCCAUCAGACAACUUAUCGAGCCUGGCAAGAAAGAUUGAUGCCCUUCGCCAAACUAUUUCCACCGGGCAGCCUUUCUCCAAAUCAAGGCAUACUUUCUCUGAAAGCUCAGCUGUAGAGGAGACCCACUGUAAUCGUUCUGCCAAAAUGGAUGUGUCUGGAGGCCCCAGUGCCACAAAAGGUACCCUCCAUAGCCGAUCCCAGAACAGCCGGUCAAUGGUUGACUCAGAUAGGCUGUGCUAUGAGGCGGAGAGCCCUGACGAGGCAGCCUUGGUGUAUGCAGCUAAGGCAUAUGGCUUCACUUUGUUGGCAAGGACCCCUGACAGCGUGACCGUAAGGCUCCCACCUAAGGAGGAACUGGUGUUUGAGGUGCUGGACACACUGGCUUUUGAUUCCAACAGGAAGAGAAUGUCUAUCCUGGUGCGACACCCAAUCACCAGAGAGCUGGUGCUCUACAUUAAAGGUGCAGACUAUACUAUCAUGGAACUACUGGUUCCCUGCACCACAGGCAAAUGUGCUAACCAGUCAACUAAAGGUAUAGCGGCAAAUACACAAAAACACCUAGACUGCUAUGCUAAGGAGGGGCUGAGUACACUUUGCUUUGCAAAGAAGGUGUUGCGUCAAAAGACGUAUAAUGACUGGUCAGUAAUCAGACAGAGAGCUCUUGCUGCUAUAGAUAACAGAGAAAACCUUGUCAGGGACAGUGCUGUUCACCUAGAGACAAACUUGACAUUGUUAGGGGCCACAGGCAUUGAGGACCAACUGCAAGAGAGUGUCCGUGACACUAUUGUGGCACUGCGGGAGGCAGGGAUCCAGGUGUGGGUGCUCACUGGUGACAAGCCAGAGACAGCUGUCAACAUCGGCUAUGCCUGCGGGCUAUUGGAUGAGGGAGACUUGGUGAUUAACAUGAGCUCCAGGAACAAGCUCAUGUGCACCUCCACCUUGGACUGUGCUCUGGAGGAAGUGAGAAGGCUUGAAGAUGAUCCUCAGACCGUUUGUGCAGGCCCCAUCAUUUCUCUGGUGAUUGACGGACGCACCCUGGCCAUGGCCCUGGACUCGGACCUGCAGGAGCGAUUUGUGCAGCUGGCCCGGCGUUGCCACUCUGUGCUCUGCUGUAGCGUCACACCCUUACAGAAAAGCACCGUGGUCAAAGUUAUCAGAGAAAAACUGAAGGUCAUGACCCUUGCUGUUGGUGAUGGUGCCAAUGAUGUCAGCAUGAUUCAAGCAGCCGACAUUGGAAUUGGAAUAUCUGGUCAAGAGGGGAUGCAGGCAGUAAUGGCGAGUGACUUUGCUAUCUCCCGCUUCAAACGCCUCAAAAAGCUUUUGCUGGUCCAUGGGCACUGGUGUUAUUCUAGACUAGCGAAUAUGAUCAUUUACUUUUUCUACAAAAAUGUGGCCUAUGUGAAUCUAUUGUUCUGGUAUCAGUUCUUCUGCAGCUUUUCUGGCACUGCCAUGAUGGACUACUGGCUGAUGAUUUUCUUCAACCUCUUCUUCACCUCUGUGCCACCCAUCAUGUUUGGGAUAAUGGACAAGGAUGUUUCAGCAGAGACACUGCUGGGUCUUCCAGAACUGUACAGGACCAGACAGGGGGAAGGGGAGUACAAGGUUUCAACCUUCUGGACUGCUAUGCUUGACGCCUUCUAUCAAAGUCUUGUGUGCUUCUUUAUUCCAUACUGGACCUACCGAGAUUCAGAUGUUGAUGUUUUCACCUUUGGAACUCCUUUGAACACGACUUCCUUAUUUACCAUCCUCCUGCAUCUGUCUAUAGAGAUCACGACUUGGACAGUGGUCCACUCGGUUAUCAUGCUGGGCAGCAUGGCUAUGUACUUCAUUGUGACCCUGGCCUAGAGCGCCAUCUGCAUUACCUGCAACCCUCCUUCCAACCCAUACUGGAUCCUGCAAAACCAGAUGGCAGACCCGAUGUUCUAUCUGGUCUGCAUCAUCACCACUGUGGUGGCUUUGCUGCCCAGGUACACAUUCCACGUGCUGAGGAACACACUGGCCCCCUCCCCAAUUCUGUGGGCCAGGCAUCUGGACUGGUUGGACCCUUCUGUCAGGGAGCAGUGGAUCAAGGAGUGGAGGAGCUUCAGAAGCACAGGGGAUGUCAAUCUCUCCAGGCCGCCCACCCCACCUUCUCCUUCUCCCAUCCCAGAGACUACUGAGGGCACACCACCUCCAUUUCCAGACCUCUUUGAUAUCACGGGGGCUAACAUCCCACUCAAAGUCAUCAUUGAGGGUGGUCGGGACCCCCGGCAACUCUUAGGAUCUGGGUCCGGUUUGUUGGACUGUUAA